ACCAUCUCGUUAGCCCAGGAAACCAUCGGCCAAAUCCCGAAGCUUAGGCCACUGUCGAGAUUCGCGUUUUCCCUGACUCGGCGCUUGGGUACAGUGAAGUACAGUUCGCUCAUCCUGCUCCUCGGUUGUGUGGCAUAGGGCGAAACGCCGUCCUUCGACCGGCGCCGACUCCUUGGGCGCCUUUGGGUCACCCUUUUUGAACCACCUUUCAUCUGAGUAGCUAGCCUGCCAGGGCUGUACAGCUCUAGCAGCGCAGAUGUAUGUCUGCGACGCUGGCGGAUCCCUACCGAGACUAUGCGAUUAACUACCCUCAACAUGCCGAUGGUAAACCCGAAGAGCAUGAAGGAGGACUCGUCUAUCAACCGCAGCAACCCCAUCUUCAUCACCACAAAUCGGCCGACACCACAUUUUCGCAAACCGGCUCGCACAAUUCGGCAUUCGAGCAACACCAUGCAAACGCGACCGUCCUUCCCACAGCGACACCUCAAUCAUCCGUUCACGAGAUCUCACAGACCGUCGUCCUCAACCCGGCUCAGAUGCUCGGGCGACAGCUUCCAAUGCAGUAUUCUACUGCCGGCUUCGACGUCCCUUCCGUCCAGCGUGGCAAAAAGCGGCCCCAUUCGGAGACUGAGGGAGACGGGGACGACGCCAACCACAGGAUCAGGCCACAGUUGCCUCUUCUCGCGACAGAUAACUCGUCGGAAAACUCACACGGCCAGGAGAUGCUCUUCCCCGUCCAUGGUGACUCGUCUCAACACCACCCCAUGCGCAGCCAUGAAUUCGGGCCACCAGACUCGAUGGCACUCCCGCAGCAACACCACCACCAUCGCCUCCCGCCACAGGCCUCCUUCCGCGCCUCUCAGGGCCAGGGGAUCAACCUAGAGUCGUCUUCGCUGGCCUCCGGUCCACCCAGUGUCGUUGGGCAACCCGGGAUGCCCGACCCGGCACCGCGGCCGCGGGGCCCCAAAUUGAAGUUCACACCCGAGGAGGAUGCACUGUUGGUGGAGCUGAAGGAAAAUAAGAACCUCACGUGGAAGCAAAUCGCCGACUUCUUUCCGGGUCGCACCAGCGGCACUUUGCAGGUUCGCUACUGCACCAAGUUAAAGGCCAAGGACGUGGCUUGGAGUGACGAAAUGACCCAACGGCUCGAGCGUGCAAUGCAAGAAUACGAGAACGAUCGGUGGCGGAUCGUGGCUGGGAAGGUUGGCAAUGGUUUUACGCCGGCUGCUUGUCGGGAGAAAGCGACGCAGCUUUGAGCUGGUGGGACGAAUGCUACAGUAUUUGGGAAUGACAAUGGCGCACUCUUGUUUGAUUAUAGCUCAGCUCAUCUGAUACUCCUUUUGUAUGAUCUUUCCUUCUUUUCUUCUUUGUUUCUUUUCUUCUUCUUCUUUCUUCAAUGUCACGCGUCGUCUCCUGGCUU